CUCAGUCAGUGGUUGACAUGAUACUUGAAGAACAAUCCCAGUCUCCCUCUGGAUGUCGUAUAGAGAGGAGGCUGGAUGAGGCUGAUGCGCACUGAGCUGCUGCUGCUGCUUCUCCUCCAGGACACUCGCAGGGAUGGAGGGAGUUUUUGCGUGACGGUGACAUGAUGGAUUCCCCCUCUCAUCUCCACAUCUUGGGUUCGUUACAACCGGGGGUGGAGAUGUCCGACCUGCACAACCGGAGCCAGCCCAGCGCGCGUCGCGGGGACUACGUGUGGCAGUACGAGUACUAUGACGACGAGGAGCCCGUGUCCUUUGAGGGACUCAGGGCGCACAGAUACUCCAUCGUCAUCGGCUUCUGGGUCGGACUCGCUGUGUUUGUCAUCUUCAUGUUCUUUGUGCUCACGCUGCUCACAAAGACGGGAGCUCCACAUCAGGAAAAUCCAGAUGCUGCUGAGAAGCGGCAUCAGCCAGGGAGAUGUCUGGUUGACCUCGGCGGUGUCCAGGAUGAAAAUGAAAAGGCCUUCUCUCGUCCACUGCUAGAAGGGUCCCGCUCGUAUUUUCAUUUCUUUAUCAACGAGGAGGAUCAGGGUGAGGGGAAACCAAAACCAGCAGACAAGAAGUUUGGGAAGCACACGGGGGCUGGAGCCCAGCACGGCACCUGCAACCGGCCCAGGGGAGGCAGCUCCCCGGGGAUGGAUGAUAUGGAGGACGAUGUUGAGGAAGCUGGGGGACACCACCAACCUCUGAAGGGACUAAUGGAGGAGAGUAAGAGAGACAGAGAGUGUGCCUCCCUGUCCCACUUCAACAUCCCCAAUUUUGUGAAUUUGGAGCACAGCUCAACGCUGGGGGAGGACGAUUUGUAGAGCGACCCGCUCGUCGUACUGGAGCGACCCCCCCCCCCACACUCUCAGGAUGUUCACUGUGACAUCCACCAAGGCUGUUUCUACAAAAGAGAUGACAGGCAAAGACAGAGUGGUUUUAAUUUCCUUUCCUUUUCACGGGGCCAUGUGUGACCGUUCAGUCUCAGAAAGACGCUCACCUGCCACACACCAUCUACCGUUUUCAUCCUUAUUAAGCUCAAGAGUGUUUUGAGGCUCUUCAACAAGCGUACUUUCGGAUCGGCAAGUAAUCUGCACAAAUGCUGCCCGACAAUUCCUUAUUAAGUGCAGCUCAGUUUUACAAAGGCAUUUCAUUGUGGAGACAAAAUUGCCUGGAAAAUAGUAGCUUUCACUUCAGCUCCUCCGGGGUUGAGAGUGGCUUCUGGAAAAGAUGAAUUACGACACAGGAGCAGAUUGAAAAAGGGUCACUGGAGAGCGAUGGGUUGUUGAAUUGUUUCCUUGUGCAAACCCUGGAUGUUGGACAUUUUUCCCUGCGACGAGACUCAAACGCCCCCCCGGUCAACCAAGAAGAUUAAAAACACAGGAUUGUUGUUGCUCUAGAAACAGGUGAAGUGUAUUUUUACUGUGUGAUAAGUAGCACUGAAUCAAACAUAUCAUUGUUCCUUUACAGGGUAUAGGCAACCUGAGGCCAUGGGUGGUAAUGUGAUUUAAUGCUUUUGUAUUCUGCUGAAUGUAGUUGACAAAUAAAGCUGAUGUGAUUUUGGAAA